AUGAUAGGGAACUUACAGGAGACCGUUUCACAGCUUGUUUACCUAAAAAGGGACAUUAAAAAGUUGAAGGAACAAUUAUCUGUGAAAGAAAGUAAUAUUGCAGAUGUUGAAAAGGACAAAGAGAAUGUGAUACAAAAACAGAACGACAAUGUAAUGAAACUACGAAGUGCUUAUGAAAAACAAAUUGAAGAGAUGAAGUCUGAUAAUAAAAGGGAAAUCCAACAGAUUCAAAACGAAUGCGACGCUCAGGUGGCCCAGUUCACAUGUGCGAUCGAAGAGCUGAGGGCCAAGAUGCGAGAAAUGGAGGCUGACCACCGCGAAAAGAUCAACGUUCUGGUUCUGGAAUAUGAAGAGAAGAUACAACGCGAGGCUGCUCGAGUAGUGCAACUCCAAGAGGAGUUAGCUCGGGAGACGGCGAGGACGGACCUUAAUAUUGACGCUUAUAGACGACGACUGGAAGAACUCGAGGAGAAACUAAAACAAAGUCAGUUCAAGCAAUAUUUGCAGAACAGUUACCCUUCGCAGUAUGAAAAUCACGUUGAAAGACCCUACUCCGCAAAUAGGGAGCCCUAUACAGAAUAUAAUAGUAUAGAUUCGGAUCCAGUACAUGAUAUGCCUACGAACAAGUUUGCUAUGCCUUCACAAAAUAAGGCACCGAAGCCAAAUAGUCUGCAAGUAAUUUAUUACGAUAAAAACGUUGCAGAAACUCCUAAACCAAAAAGUUCCGAGAAAAAAGGCCUUUUUCAUAUAACCAAGAAAAGGAAACUUUACAACGACAAAGACUUCCAGGAUUUUUAA